AGUCACAAAGGUUCGGUAUCAGUGAUACAUGAAUUAUUUUCAAAGAUAUCAAAUCGAAAAGGACGUUUCAAAAUUCAUAAAAUUCUUCUUAAAUUAAUAAAGGUUUAACAAAACAAUGUGGAAACGUAUAUUUGGUAGACGGGUCGAAAAGUCAACGUUAAGUACACAAACAUACAUGGAAGAUUUAAAUCCAGAGGAAUAUAAAUCUUCCAUUCAAACAUUGAUAGAUAAUAACAAACGGAAAUUAAUAAAAAUUUACGAAGAAAAUUCUAAAAAGAUUGCUACUGUAAAAUCUUCGAAAGUAAUCAACAAAAAAUUGACGGAAAAUCAAGGAUCAGGCAGUUCAAGUGUAAUUCAACCAGAAGUGAGUGAAUGCGGCAAUCAAACCAGUACACAUGGUACUAGUGAUUAUGGUAUACAAACGGAAGGUGAACCACCGUCUGCAAAUUUAAUACACUGUGAAGUUGGUAAUCAAACUGAAUCAACGAAUGGUGGAAGGGGGGAAGUACUACAAAGAAUGUAAUGUCAUACGAAACACCAUUAGAUAAUUUCCGGAAUCAACAUCCAAUCGUUACGCCUGC